AUGACUAACUCGGAAAACAGAUCUUGCCAUGGCAGUGCAACUGUUUCCUGCCCUCGCCCCAAAGUAACAAGUUUUAAUCAUGCGUCUAAACUCAGCAACGGCUUCGAUUCUUGGCCAAAGUUAAACUCAGCAACGGCUUCGAUUCUUGGCCAGUCGGCAACGGCUUCGAUUCCUGGCCAGUCGGUUAUAUCGGAGAGUGCCAACUGUUCGAUUCUUAGCCAGUCGGCUAUUUCGGAGAGUGCCACUGUCCACUAUUUCUCCCUUGUUCGCCAGUCGGCUAUGUCGGAGAGUGCCACUGUUUCUCCUUUGUUCGAGCUUUAA